GAGCCGGCUCGGUUCUGGGCCAGCUGCAUAUAAGCAUAAGGGACACUAUGGUCAAACUUACAACGCUUUCAACACUUACUCACAGCCCUCUUAUCUCGUUCUGCAAGAACCCCCAACUCGAUACAAUGGCUGGUCGCGGCAAGGGCAAGACCUCUGGCAAGAAGGCCGUGAGCCGCAGCGCCAAGGCCGGCCUGCAGUUCCCUGUGGGCCGCAUUGCGCGCUACCUGAAGAAGGGCAAGUACGCCGAGCGCAUCGGUGCCGGCGCGCCCGUGUACUUGGCCGCCGUGCUGGAGUACCUGACCGCCGAGGUGCUGGAGCUGGCCGGCAAUGCCGCCCGCGACAACAAGAAGAACCGCAUCGUGCCCCGCCACAUCCAGCUGGCCAUCCGCAACGACGAGGAGCUGGGCAAGCUGCUGGGCGAGGUGACCAUCGCCUCGGGCGGUGUGCUGCCCAACAUCCACGCCGUGCUGCUGCCCAAGAAGACCAAGGGCGGCAAGGGGAGCGAGGAGGCCGCCUAAGCGCCUGUCCUCGUUCACUCAUACGUCAUACAUAAACUCGGUGUUUCUCAACACCACCACUACCUGGCUCUGGGUGGGGCGCGUGGGCUGGCUAGGGCAAGACACGCGGGUAGGAAGCCCGCUGGUUCAGGGGGCGAGAGGCAGGAGUGGCGAGAGGUUCGAUCUGCGGGCAGUAACGUGCAAGUUGGUGCUAGAUGAGUUGCUGGUGCUCUUUGGGGCUUCGGGGCUGGGGCUGGUUGGAAGCAAGUUUCCUAGACGCGUCUGCACAUCACCACAAACCUGGCUCCGGUAUUGGCAAGGUGGGCCGGUGACGUAUGCUCGCGUACCGGGUCGUAGUCUGGCACUCUGGCCACCUUUCCGGGGACUGGCUGGCUGGGGUUGGUUGCCAAUGGCAGGGUACGCAUGGUUGGGUAUGGUGCACUUUGGCAUAUUAUGCCUUGGGUUUGAACGGACUUGAUGCACGCGGUGGGGAGCCGUGUUGAACUGAACUCCAGAGUGGGUCUGUGUAGGCCCUGCAAGUGCUUCUAGCUUUGCCCUGCCAGUGCUUUUAGCUUUGCCCUUUCGCUCCCGGCCGAAUCCGCUUGUUCAAGAGGUAACCAUGUUUCAGUGUGAGGCCUCGAGGAUUGGUUGCUUGUGGGCGCACAGGACACGCGGUGGUUUGGGGUCAAGGGGGCAGCGGCCCCCCAAACGCAAAAAACAUUCGG